GCGACGGGCUUUUCAGUCACAAUCUGAGGACUACAACAAAUUCUUCUGUGAGACUGUGCCCACUGGGCCCUUUCUUCGCCUUUGUCGAUCUGCGUAGCUCACCUUCUUUUUUACUUUCGCAUUUACACCUAUUUUCUUAGCAAUAGCUGCCAGAUUAUUCCCUUUGUCCAUACCCACGUUCUUCAGCAGUAGUGUUCAAGUCAUACCAAAAAUCUUUCGCAUUCCACUAUGAAGAACCUAUUCUUUCUUCUUUCAUGUUUGGCCACAUUUGAUGCCCGAAUAAUUAUAGAUGAAACCGUAUAUGCCCCUGGUCGCCUAGCCCGUAGACGGUUGAACAUGGAGCACCAAUCGGCUGUAAAUAAACUCUCCGGGUUAAAAGAUUGUCCCGGAAACGUGUGCGGCACUUUUGCUGGACAAGCCAUUGCGCCGUUAUUGGCUGCCAGCGAUCAAUGUGCCCAGCAGGACAUGGCCGAUAAGAUUAUCGAUGCUGCAAAAGACCCUUCCAGCGGUGUGACAUCAAAAGAGACUCGUGAAGAAAUGAUCAAAAUAGCCAUCGAGUAUCGCCAGGCUGAGAAAAAUACACAUCCGAUCUACCCUCAAUUGAUCCCACGAAAUUCGGUAUACUGCCAGAAAGCUCCCAAGAAUAGCGAGCGGAAAGGAUUGGUUCAAAAGCAAGAUCCGGCCAACGGUCCGUUGCUAUUCUUCGAUCACCUGGUCACCACCAAUGGAAGCACUGUUCUUUUAGAUAGCCAGCCCAACACCCGACCCUUUGGUGAAAAAGCCGGAACCAAACCUGGACUUGGCGCAUCCCCGACCGACCCAAAAACCACCUCCUCCACUGAUGCCGAUCCGUCCGGCAACGUCAAGCAGUCUGACACUGGGUCUGGAGGCAGUACCAAUACUGCACCCAGCCUGAAAACUACCUCCGGCGAUGCCAGUCCUAAGAAUUCAGAAACCGGUACGGGCUCGUCCACCAACCCCAAAAGCACCGCCGGUGAUGCCGAUCCGCAGAAAUCUGAAACUGAUACCGGCUCGUCCACCAACCCCAAAAGCACCACUGGUGAUGCCGAUCCUCAGAAAUCCGAAACUGAUACCGGCUCGUCCACCAACCCCAAAAGCACCUCCACCUCCGGUGAUGCCGAUCCUAAAAAAUCAACCACAUCUAAUGGCUUGUCUUCCGAGGAAAACGAAGACGAUGACUCCUGCGGCGGAUCAGGUGAUGACCAGAGUGACAACAAGCAAGAGGAUAAUUCUUCAUCUAACAACCUCAAAGAUACCACUUCGGGGGCUGACGGUAGCAAUGGAGGCAACGGAGGAGACACCGGCAACACGCAAGAUUCCGCGUCCCCGAGCUUGAAAGAUGCAACCACAACCGCUGGCGGCAACAACGGUGACACUGGCACUCAAAACACUGAAAAGACCGAUUCCACAUCAACAGGAAAUGACAACUCCAACGUGAGCGAUGCCACUGGAAAAGGCACCGAGAGUUCAACAACGAGCGGCGGUGAGGACGGAGGGAGCGGAGGUGAUGAUACUGGAAAUGGCGAAAAGCAAGAUUCAACAUCGCCGAGCUUGAAAGAUACAACCACAAGCGCUACCAACAACAACGGCGGCACCGGCGGCCAAAACACUGUAAAGACCGAUUCAACAUCAGAUAAAACCACAGACACCGGUAACGGAAGCGCUGAUAAUGGCGACAAGAAAGGGGGCACGUUGUCCAAUGGAAGCACCGGCUUGAAAGACACCAGCUUGCAACCUGAUAACAAGCCUGAGGGUGAUGCAGAUGACAGCGGUUGUGGGGGCAAAGAGGACGAUGAAACUGACACAUCGGCUAACAAAUCGUCCAGCACCUCAAGUACAGACACCAACGCAAACCCUCAAGGUUCUAAGACGACCUCCAGCAGUCUCACUACAGCAUCGACCGGCGACCAAACUCCAAGCUCGCCUGGUAGUGACCCCAAAUUGAAAGACACCAGCAGUUCAACAUCUGGCAACCCAACACCCAACACCGGAACAUCAGCAGAUGCCCAAAAAGUCGUUAUAGCAAUCUUGGGUCAUCAACUUGACGUGACCAAAAUCCCCAACAAAGAUUGUCAUGAUUACAGAAUUGAAUUUGGUUCGGGAUUCAAAGGUCGCGAAGCAAAAGAUGUAGCUUACCAGCCACUUCAACCAAUCUUCGAACAUGGCGCUGCAUUAAACAUGGCGAUCAUCACAAGAUCCAUGUGCGACAGCCUCCACAACAAAUGCGGUGUGUCACAGUCAUCUCCAGAGGAAAGCCUUUUCAAAGAUUGUGUCCUGUUUUCCGACGGCAUAAAGAGAGUUGUCAACAAUGGCACAAUGGCUGAUGCAUGGAAUUUCCUAUGGGGCUUCCAUACCAACUACGCAACCCAAAAGGCCACCGGUGAAGGCACAGGAGGAAAGGGCGACGGGAAGCCUCAGAUUGAGAAAUCGGACAGCAACACGUCCUCCUCCUCCCCCACUUCUCCUUCUGCCACGCAGCCACCAAACAACAAUUCUAAUAAGGGAGCGGGUGGAACAAAUCAGAACGGAAACACAAAUCAGAUGGGAAUGGAUCAAAACAUGCAGCAAAACAUGAACCAGAAUCAGCCUCAGAGCACAGAUCCGAACAUGAACCAGCAGGGCAUGAACCAGAACAUGAAUCAGCAGGGCAUGGACCAGAACAUGAACCAGAACAUGAACCCACCGUCUGGCGCACCCGCAGCCGACACCGGACCCCCAGCGGAUCCCAAAGCUAUUGUUGAUAAAUUCUUGGGUCAUCAAAUCAAUGUGACCAAAAUCCCCAACAAAGAUUGCCAUGAUUACAGAAUCGAAUUUGGUUCAGGAUUCAAAGGUCGUGAAGCAAAGGAUGUAGCUUACCAGCCACUUCAGCCAAUCUUCGGCCAUGGCGCCGCAUUAACUAUGUGCGACAGCCUCCACAACAAAUGUGGUGUGUCACAAACAUCUCCAGAGGAAAGCCUUUACACAGAUUGCAUCACGUUUUCCGACCGCAUAGGCAAAGUUGUCAACAAUGGCUCAAUGGCUGAUGGAUGGAAUUUGCUAUGGGGCUUCCAUACCAACUACGCAACCCAAAAGGCCACCGGUGAAGGCACAGGAGGAAAGGGCGACGGGAAGCCUCAGAUUGAGAAAUCAGACAGCAACACAUCCUCCUCUCCCACUCCUCCUCCUGCCACACAGCCACCAAACGAUAAUUCUAAUAAGGGAGCGGGCGGCGGGACUCAGAGCGGAAACACAAAUCAGAUGGGAAUGGAUCAGAGUGGAAACAUGCAGCAAAACAUGAACCAGAAUCAGCCUCAAAGUACGGAUCCAAACAUGAGCCAACAAAACAUGAACCAGAACAUGAAUCAGAACCCUGGUGGGGACCAGAAGCAGGGAGGCAAGUAA